AUGCCAAUUGAAUCUUUAAUUUCCAAAAGAGCUAGUGGUCGUACAUCAGGUCAUUUCACACAAGGACCAAAAGAUCAACCUCCAAAAGGGUUCAAACCACACUCAAAUCCAUUGGCAUUAUCAUAUGGUACACCAAACGAUGGAUUUUUUCCAAUUGAUUCAAUUGAUAUUAAUUUAGUCGAAUAUCCCUUUGAACAUGUUGUCAAAAUUAAUUCAAUUACCAAAAAUUCUUUAGAGAAUUUACAUUUAACUGGUUCAUCAAAUGGAGUUCAAACAAAAACUCCACCAUUAGAUUCGAAAAAUCUGGUUCAUAUUGAAAGACAUACUUCUGAUCCAAAUAUAAUUGAUUUAUCAAAUGGUUUACAAUAUGCUAAUGUUGCUGGUCACCGACCAUUACUUAAUUUCACGAAAGAAUUUAUUAAAAAGACUCAUAAUCCAAAUUAUUCAAAUUGGGAUUCAAUUCUUACUACUGGUGCUAGUGAUGGUUUGAAUAAAGCGUGUGAUGCAAUUUUAGAUAAAGAUGAUGUUAUAUUAAUUGAAGAAUUUACAUUUGCUCCAUUUUUAAGAUUUAGUAGCCAUACUGGUGCAAAAGCAAUUCCAAUUAAAUUAGAUUUAAAUGCUGAAUCACAAGGUAUCAAUUAUGAAUAUUUAAAAGAUUUGUUAGAAAAUUGGCCGGAUGAUUUACCUAAACCAAAAGCAUUAUAUACAAUUGCAACGGGUCAAAAUCCAAUUGGUACAACUCAAACAUUGGAAUUGAGAAAUAAAAUCUAUGAAUUAGCUGUAAAACAUGAUUUUAUAAUUAUUGAAGAUGAUCCAUAUGGAUAUUUAACAUUACCAAAAUAUAGAAAACCAGAAAUUGGUUUACAUUUUAAAUUGAACGAUUUUAUUACCAUUGAAGAUUAUUUACAAAAUCAUUUAACUCCAUCAUAUUUAGAGCUUGAUACUGAAGGUAGAGUAAUUAGAGUUGAAACUUUUUCAAAAUUAUUUGCUCCUGGUUUAAGAUUAGGAUUUGUUAUUGCUCAUGAAAAGGUUAUAAAUGCAAUUAGAAAUUACCUGGAAAUUGUCAAUAGGGGUAGUAGUGGAUUAAGUCAAUUAAUUGUAAAUAAUGUUAUUCAACAACAUUUUAAAGGUGUUGAUGGUUGGUUACAAUGGAUUUUUAAAAUGAGAUUAACUUAUUCUCAUAGAAAGGAUUUAUUAUUGAGUACAAUCUUUGAAUCGGAAGCUUAUAACAGAGGUUUAGUUGAUGUUAUUGAUCCAAAAGCUGGUAUGUUUGCAACUUUGAAAAUUAAUUUUCCUAAAGAUGUCAAUGUAAUUGAAAAAAUGAAAUUAUUGGAAUGGAAAUUUAUUGCAAAUGGUGUAUUAGCAGUUCCAAGUUUUAAUAUGGCUGUUGAUAAGAAAUUUAGUGAAAAUAGAUGUGAUUUCUUUAGAUUAUGUUAUGCUCCAGCUAAUGAUGAUGAAGAAUUAAUUGAAGGUGGUCAAAGAUUAGUUAAAAGUGUUUUGGAAUUUUUCGAUAAUAAUUUACAAUUUUAA